AUGGCCUUCUGUCCCCCCGCCCUUAAAACUACUGCUCCUAAGCCAUUUAUGGAAAAAUACGAAAUAUUUUGCUUUCUACUGUUUGAAUUAUUCGAUCGAAACAAUGAUGGAAAGAGAGACAAAAUCGGAAGUUGCUUUUGCGAACUGCUGCUGCUGCUGAUACUCACAGAACCAGUAAGCCUCGCGAACUUCCUCUAUUUUCUACCUUUUUAUCACUCAUACUUCAUUUUUAGCUUCUUUCUGUUUUACAAUAAAUUCAAUAUAAAUACACUCUCUUUCUUUCUCUCUCUCUCUCUCUCUCUCUCUCUCUCUCUCUCUCUCUGUAUCCCCUUUUCUCUUAGUAUCUUUCAUGUAAUAUUUUUCAUCUCUCUCUCCAUCAUUCUCAUUCACAUUUACUUUGUGCACCUUCCCUUAUGUCAACUUCAUUCUAUCUUCUUCGUUUUUCUCUCUAUCUCUGUUUCUCUCUCUCUCUCUCUCUCUUUCUCUCUCAAUAUUUUAAUUUUUAACCGUAACAUUUUUCACCUUUUUUCAUCUCACCCACAUACAUUUGUUUCCUUUCUCUCUUAUUCACACGUUUUUCUUUCUUUUCAAUUGUUCUAUUAUAUUACUCUCUCUCUCUCUCUCUCACAUACACACUCUUACAGUCAUCCAUUUUCUUCCUCUUUUCUACAUCGAUACUCCCUAUCUCUCUUCCUUAAUUGCCUUUAUUUUUUCUUUCUAUCUGCUACACACAGAUUAGAUAGAAAGAAAUUCAAUUUGAUCUCCAGGCUUGGCCUGUUGAGCUAUACUUUCUUUCUUUCUUUAAUUCUUUCUUUCUUUUUUCUUCAUAUCGCACACCUCUUUUUUAAUCUAAUACUCUUUCUAUUACCGUUAUCCCAUUGA